GCGGCGCCGGACAGAAAUCCUACGGGGCAGGGGCACCGGCGAGCGUGAGUUGCAGUUAAAGGAAGAUGGACACACACAGUUCAGCCAAAGUCAAUGCAAGAAAGAGGAGGAAAGAGGCACCUGGACCCAAUGGGGCAACACAGGAAGAUGGAAUUCCUUCAAAAGUGCCACGCUCUGCAGUAGGCUUACGGCAGCCAGCUCCUUUUUCUGAUGAAAUUAAAGUUGACUCUAGUAAGCCUUAUGUCAGGGUAACUAUGGAAGAAGCCUGCAGAGGAACUCCUUAUGACCGGCCUGUGAGAGUUUAUGCAGAUGGAAUAUUUGACUUAUUUCACUCUGGUCAUGCCCGGGCUCUGAUGCAAGCAAAGAACCUUUUCCCUAAUACAUAUCUCAUUGUGGGAGUCUGCAGUGAUGAGCUGACGCACAACUUCAAAGGCUUCACGGUGAUGAAUGAAAAUGAGCGCUACGAUGCAGUGCAGCAUUGCCGCUAUGUGGAUGAAGUGGUGAGGAAUGCCCCCUGGACCCUGACACCCGAGUUCCUGGCAGAACACCGGAUUGAUUUUGUAGCCCAUGAUGACAUCCCUUAUUCUUCUGCUGGGAGUGAUGAUGUUUAUAAGCACAUCAAGGAAGCAGGCAUGUUUGCUCCAACACAGAGGACAGAAGGUAUCUCCACAUCAGACAUCAUCACCCGAAUUGUCCGGGACUAUGAUGUGUAUGCGAGACGAAACCUACAGAGAGGCUACACAGCUAAGGAGCUCAAUGUCAGCUUUAUCAAUGAGAAGAAAUACCAUUUGCAGGAGCGGGUUGACAAAGUAAAGAAGAAAGUGAAAGACGUGGAAGAAAGGUCAAAAGAAUUUGUUCAGAAGGUAGAGGAAAAAAGCAUUGACCUCAUUCAAAAAUGGGAGGAGAAAUCCCGAGAAUUCAUUGGAAGUUUCCUGGAAAUGUUUGGUCCUGAAGGAGCACUGAAACAUAUGCUGAAAGAAGGAAAAGGCCGGAUGCUGCAGGCCAUCAGUCCAAAGCAGAGUCCCAGCAGCAGCCCUACUCGUGAACGUUCCCCUUCCCCUUUUCGAUGGCCCUUCUCUGGCAAGACUUCCCCACCUUCCUCUCCAGCAAACCUCUCCAGGCACAAGGCUGCAGCCUAUGAUAUCAGUGAGGAUGAAGAGGACUAAUUUGCCAUUCCUCCUUCCCUUUCCCCUUCCUCUGGCCUAUCACUUUCAGAGGCUCUCUGUUGAAUUCCAAAUUGUGAUCCCAACACUAAACCCAAGGACAACUACAAAGGAGAGUUUUGGGGCAAGAGGAUCUGGGAUGGGGGAACCAAACAGCCCAUCCUCCAAGAGGUAUCAAUCGCCCACACCAAGGAGGAGGCUGACUACACCUUAGAAGCCUGUUCUGCAUCCCUCUACCCUCUCCAAGGACUUUGCUUUACUGUUUGUAUUCAUGUGAUCUUGACAGGGAAAUUGUCAUUUUUAUUAAUUUAAAGAAAAUUAGUCUUUCAAAUGGAGUAAGUAGAACUAAUAUUUUGCCCCUGAAGAGUGGGCAGAAGAAGGAAGUGGUGUAUCUACCCAGAGGCCUUUUCUUCACACUAUAGUGUUUGCCUUCUGUUCUGAAGCAAACUGACUUGCCAAGUCCUUUAAGCAAUGGGCCAUGUUGAUGGGUGAUUUGGGGGCCAUGGUUGGGAAGGGGGUUAUCGUAAUUUUGAUUUCCUUUAAAAAAAGCUAAAAGCUGAAUAAUUCAGUCAGACACACCCUAAAUGUAUUGCUGGCACAUGUGCCAAUGUGGGAAGAAGGAGCUCUGAGCCUAACUUUUCUUACUCCUUGAGGAGUUUCUUGCUGGACCCAGUGGGAUCCAUGAAAACACUGAUGGGGAUGGCACCAGACCACAUGGCAUCAUCUGUAGUCUUUCUGCCAUGCUCUUCUCAGAAAACUCUUACCCAGUUAUUUGAGAGCCCUUGGCAAUCUCUUUACUACAGUGUACCUUUAAAAAAAAGGAGUACUUUGGGGGUUGCUAUGAUUGAGGAAGGAGGACUAUACUCAGUCCAAUACAAACUCAGUUUAGAUUAAUUUCCUGCUGGGAGUAAGUCCCUGGCCCUAUUACCCUAAUUUCAAUGAUAUUACCUAGCUUUUUACAAAGAAUACUUUACAGAUGUCUGCAGUUUGAACAUGGUCUGUUAAUUCAUGUUGCUCAGAGCCAUAUUAAGUAUUUAGAGAGGUUUGCACAGAACAUAGAGGCAACAGCAUAAGGAAACCCCUCCCUUUCUAAAGCAACAGCCUUAUCUUGACCUCUUCCCCUCUUAAGAAUGCUCUUAACUGGAGCCAGUGCUCCACAGAGUGUUUCUUUCCCUUUGAGAUCUGCAGCUGGAAGGGACUUCCUCCCCUGCCCCUCAGCAGGCCACAAAGCAUGGGUUCACAUUGUAGAAGUAGGUAGCUUCACUUCCUGGCAUUUGCUCCCAUGUGCCUGGUGGUUAUGGUCCCACCACUCCUGUUAGGUUGCUCAGGGGGACUCACCACUUAAACUGUACAUCAAAGAAUGCUGACACUUCACACUGUGCUGCUGAGCAUGAGCUGAUUUUUAAACCUGCAGCAUCCUGUCUCCUCAGCUACAUGACCUAGCAGAUCAACCACCAGUAAUCGUGUAGCUGGAUUCAGGAGAAAAUUGCCUAUUCCAGGCCCCACCCCCUGUUACUCAUAAACACCCCUUCUUAGGGUGGAGUUUUAGUGUUUUCAGCCAAGAAACCCACAUUUCAUAUUUUUCUUGUCCCUCUGCUAAUGCUGUGAUCCUCCCACAGUCCCUUCCUUGAACACUUUCUGGUGAAACUGGCUCUUCUGCCUGAGAGUCAGAGGCUGGAAUCAUUGCCUGCCUGCACAGCAGAACUACCUAGGUUCUUAAAACCCAGAUCACCCAGAGAGGCAGAGCAUGGCAAAGUAAAGGAACAAAGAGGGGGAAACCUCUUGUUAUCCUAAUGGCCUAUGAAAACUGCACUUCAAAUUCUUCUCAUCAAGUGCUAUUUCUACUGUCAAAUCUGAUUCACACAAGCUUUGGCUUAGGAUCUUUUUUUUGAAACAAUUGAAGUUAAUGUUUUCCCAUAUUACCCAGCUUCAUAUGAUCACAUAUUUUAACUUUUCUGCAUCAGGUUUCUGUCUUUGGGAAUUUUGCCUAUUUCUGUCUGGC